GCAAUAGAAGAUUUUCAGAAAAGCUUUAUUCUUUUGGACCUAUACGUACUUACUUGCAUGACUUCCUUUAAAAUGUAACAAUUGUACGGCUUUGAAUCCAGCUUUCAACUGUUGAUCUAGUCUGCAGAGACGUUGAAUAAGUUCGCCAUCGUCGUUCAUCUUGGUUUUUUUAGGCGCCUUUUUCUUCAUUGCUGUGGAAAGUUGUGGUGACCUGCAGCAUUUUUGCUACCGUUUUGGCGUGAAAAGUUUUGUCAUUUGCUAUUCCUGAUAACGUUUUACAUCUAUUUUAAAAUGAAAGCUAUGCUGGUUUUCAUGGUUGUGGUCAUUAGCUUGGUUGUCCAUAACACAGAUGCUAAGGGCUUUGGAUACAAACGGAUGAAGUCACCUGGAAGAAAUAUGAAAAUGCCAAAAUCGAAAAUGGGACUAGGAACAGGAAUGGGCAUUGGUAUGGGAGCAGGAAUGGGUAUGGGCCUAGGCAUGGGAAUGGGUGCUGCUCUUUUGAUCCCGGUUGUCAUCCCUAUGAGGCAUGGUUAUAGAAGGCAUAGGAAUUCAUAUCGACAUGGUACCCAAUGCUAUGCAUGUGAAGGGAUGGAUAAUGAUGUCUGUGUCAUCAGCCCUGCUACAAUCUCUAGAAGAGUCUCUUGUCCACAUAAUCAAUAUUGUAGUGUUCUCAGGAGAGAAAUUUCAUUCCAGCCCAGUAAUCCUAUUGGAAGCCACAAACAUACUGUUUCUCAUGGCAAUACUAGCACCCUAUCAUCUAACACCAUUCAAACUACUGCUAUGGACGACCCUGGAGAGGCUGGCCAAUGGUCAUUGAAAAGCACUGAAAGCAACACAAGAGUGCUAAUAUCACGAGGAUGCAAGCCACCAGACGUUCUUCAAAGCAAUUUAAUGACAUCGACCGGGCCGAAUGGAGACACUACUAAAACAUACAUCCAAUUCUGUCUUACGGAGUUGUGCAACGUUGGCGAUGGCCGGUUGAAAUGUUACGAAUGUGAGGGGGAGGGCAGCAAUCAUAUGUGCAUGGUGAAUCCAUCCGAAGUGGCAAAAGUCGUAACAUGCGAGUCUAAUGAAUAUUGCAACAUUCUUCGAAUGACAGCAAUCAAUGUUACAGCAUCUGCCAAGGGCCCUGUGGAAUCCACCACAGUUUUCAUCUCAAGAGGUUGUAAAGCGGCUGGUGUUACCGACGACGAUCAUGAUCCUGAAGAAGGAACAAGUAUCCUGUCUCUCUCGUGUUCAUCGGAUUUGUGCAACUAUGUAGACGGCGCUGAUUUAGAUGUCAUUAACUCUGCUAAUGGUUUGAAUCUUGAACGAUUCAGUUUACUCAUUAUUGCAUCCCUCCUGAUAUUGCUGCUUUGGCAGUAGUUUGGUAACUAUUCUUCUGAACCAAUUCAUUCUUAUUGAGAUCUCAAAGUCCCUUUUCCUAAAAUUCCUGCGCUAAAUGUUUCUUGUUUUAUUAUUAACAAACAAGACCAAAUUCAGUCAUUUAAAAUCUAGUCACUACGAUCUAUUUUAUUGAACGGUUGCAUACUUAUUUUGAACGGCAACGUGAUUGUUUCCUCACUACUAAAUUUUGAUGUCUAUUUAGCCAUUUUUUCCCGUUCGAUAUUAACCAUUUUAACAAUACAAAUUUGUAUGGUGUCAAUAA